AGAGAACAACUCAUCUCAUCAAGUAUUCUACAACCAAGGAGUAGAAAACUUGUAACCUUGCAGGCUUCAGAAUGAAGAUAAUUACCGUAACUAUUUUAGUUAGUCUGCUCGGAAUUGCUACUGCUGGGCCAAUUCCCCUUGCGGACGACUAUGUCGCAGGAUUCGUCUUGUAUAAGGUAGAAGAUGGAAAAAUUGAGUACGUGUUGCUGCAAAAGUCAAGCGAAUUGGAUGACUGGUCACCUCCGAAGGGGAAGAUCGACCUUGGCGAAGACGCCCGAAUGGGAGCUAUCCGGGAAACUUUUGAGGAAACGUCAUACACAGAAGCAGAUUAUACGCCCCUAUUUUUAAAACAAAUUUACUUUGAGUACGAUACGUCUGCCGGGGUAACGAAGAAAGUGACCCUGUUCCCUGCAAAGCUAACUAAUUUGCAGAAACCAGUGGUACUGGACCCCAAUGAGCACGCUGCCUUUGAAUGGGUUGGAGCUGCUGCGGCCGAGUACCUAAUCAAGCCGCAGUACAAAGCUGCCUUUUUAGAAGCUGAUAUUUAUGUCAGAGCACAAGAAAGUCGUGCAGAGUCCCAAUACUAAACUUAGAUCUUCAAAUACUUGCAAUACCUUCAUCCAUGGAUAAAUACCAUAAUCUGAAUUAGAGCAGCAUACUUAUGCGUAAAAGUCUUCCUGGUAAAAUAAAUACACGCAGCAUGAAAAAUAUCGAAACGCAUAAACUUUCACCCUUUCUGCUCCCUACAACCUAAAACAGAGUUUUUUUUAUUGCUCGAUACAUUCAGCUAUCACUGUUCAGUUCACUAUGAACCAAAUUUUCCAAAGUAGUGGGGGUCCCGACUUUGCAUAGAAUUUAUUUCCUAUACCAGUUUCUUCCGUCGCGUGAGACGGGUGGGGAAGAUAUUCGUAGGGUCAAAGGAAUGAGCAAACAGGAAAGUGCAUUACAAAACAAACAAAACUUAUUGUCUCUGUCUCCCUCGCUCACUCAAAAUCCGACACACCGUAGAAAGCGGAUAACGUAUAAUGCCCAGUCGUAAAUACUUUCCAAACCACCUACACCCACACCAAAUAAAGUACUAAUAUGCGUAUACUAUAACUGCAUCAUUACUUUCCUGCACCCCACCGAGUAGAAAUAAUUAAGGUGGUUGUGUACAUGUGGCCUUACAAGUUUCUUAGUCUUAUCCCUCCUUGCGAUAAGAAAGCUACGCUGUGCAUUAAAGUUCACGUAGAAAUUGAGAGAAAUCAACUCCAGCAAAUCAAGAUCAAGACAAUGUGCACCUGGUUCUGGUGAAACACAUAAAACCGCAACAGCAGCAGCAGUAGAAGCAAAGUAAUUUACUAUGAAUCUGCCCUUCAUCAGCGGAGCACAUUCAAUAAAUCUGCAUCUAAUGCUGGAUCAAAUUACUCAACUCGAUUAAAUGUCUCAGCUUUUCCGGUUUAUUUCUUAUGUAAUGCAACUCCUGCAGCGCACUGCACGCUUUUCCAUAAGCAUGCAUGCCAUAAAAUGCAACAAUCUCCGUUUGCAGUUGAUAUGCAUCUUUUUAUGUAAACUGAAACUUUCCCUGUCAACUGUACAUUUUGAGUGAUUCCGGACAAGUUCAAGCCACGACGACGACGACAGAAGAAGAAGAAGAAAUGCAACCGCGACGUUGAGCCCCUUUUGUUACUUUCACAUUCAUAGCAAGUAAUUUUCGUCAGAAUAAAGAAGAAAUGAAUGCCCGAGAGAGAAAGUAUGUCUAUUUGAGCGCAGAUUGCGUGCAAGGUGUUCAGUGCGUGAGGAAAUCCAUUAAAGGAAUUAUUGUCGUCUUUUCUCUCUCUCCAGCUUUCUCCUUCUCCCCUCCGCCAUCCUCGCCCCCUUCACAUUAUUUAUCAUUACGGAAUUCUACAUUGGAAUGACGUCUGAUGUGUCCAUCCGCUCGAGGCAUACCGAAUUCUUGAUAGACUGGCAAAACACCACGAAAUUAGAAACUUGUCACAUUCGACUUGGGGUGGUAGGUGGGUAAUGGCGAGACAGAGUGGUGGUAGCACGAGUGAAGUGAAAAACGAUAACCCUGGAGCUGAAACCUUACAUGCUUGGAGUAUGAAAACCCAUGAGUAUGUGCAUUUUAUGUUUGGUUACAUGCCUUUCAUUUUUCUGGUUAAACUUUACAUCGCUCCUUGAGUGAAAUGUUGACAAAUAAAAUAUCAGCAAAACGUGUUUGUUACCCAAUAAAUACGAAAACAUU